AUGGAGCAGGACGGCGGGGUGAGCAGCGUGCCAGGCACAGGGGGGGCUGCUGAUGUGUCCCCCCUGGGAGCAGAGAGUGGCACAGCCCCAGCAGCCCUCCAGGACCAGCCCCAAGCAGGGACAGUGCCGGCCGUCACGGAGGCGCAGGAUGCAGGGAAGGACGAGCCUGGGCACAAGAAGGUUCCGGCUGCUGCUGUGGCUCAGGAGCCCCUGGAGGGGGAGAAGGAGAAGGCAGCACCAGCAGAGGAGGCCGCUGCAGCAGCACAACACAACACAGGACAGGCAGCGCCUGCUGAGAAGGUGCCGGCUGGAGCCAAGGCCCAGGACAGAGGGAAGGGUAAGAGAGAUGCUCCAGCUGCAGGAGAGCCAGCAGGAGGGCAGGCAGUGCCUGCAGAGGGGAAGGCUCCGGCUGCUGCCAAGGCUCAGGAUGGAGGGAAGGAGCAAAGCUCUGGUGGGUUAGAGGCUGAGAGUGGGGGGAAAGCUGAACCCGUGGAGAAGGCUCCAGUCACCACAGAGAAUGAAGGUGGGAAGGGAAAGCCCACAGAGGGAACAGCCUCAGCUGCAGCACAGGCUCAGGAUGGAGGCAAAGAAGAACCUUUGAAGGAGAAAACUCCAACUGCUGCAAAGGAGAAGGCUUCAUCUUCUGCAAAGGCUCAGGAUGGAGAGAAGAAAGCUGCAAAGACAGAGAAAGCCCCAGCUGAUAAAAAGCCUGCAAAGGAGAAGACUCCAGCUACUAAAAAGGAGGAGGCUCCAGCUACUGAAAAGGCUCAGGAUGGAGAGAAGAAAGCUGCAAAGGCAGAGAAAACUCCAGCUACUGAAAAGGCUCAGGAUGGAGAGAAGAAAGCUGCAAAGGCAGAGAAAGCCCCUGCUGCAAAGAAGCCUCAAGAGGGAGGCAAAGAAGAGCCUGCAAAGAAGGCCCCGGCUGCUGGAAAGCCUCAGGAUGGAGAGAAUAAAGUGGCAAAGGCAGAGAAGGCCCCAGCUGCAAAAAAGGCUCAAGAUGGGAGUAAAGAGCAACCUGCAAAGGAGAAAGCUGCAGGUCCUGUAAAGGAGAAGGUCCCAGCAGCUGCCAAGGCUCAGGAGGGAGAGAAGACAGCAGCAAAGGCAGAGAAAGCCCCAGCUGCAAAGAAGCCUCAAGAUGGAGGCAAAAAGGAGCCUGCAAAGGAGAAGGCCCCGGCUGCUGGAAAGGCUCAGGAUGAAGCUGUGCCAGUGGAACCCUCUGCAGCUGCAGCAGAGGCUGGGGAUGGAGCCGAGGAGCCCACAGAGACAGCGGCCACAGCUGUGGCCGGGGCUCGGGGUGAAGGGGAGGAGACGGACAAGCAGCAGCAGCCAAGGGGCCCCGAGCCCCCGCGCCCGGCUCUGCUGCAGAGCCUGAGCUGCCCGGCCGCCUGCCAGAGGGAGGAGCAGCCCUGGGCACAGGGGGCAGCGAUGGAGAUGAUACCGGAGGAGGCCACAGCGGAGCCAUCCCUGAGGGACCUGGAGCCCCCCAGCCCUGCAGCGAGCCCUGGCACCCCCCAGGAGAGGACAGUGCCCAGUGCCACGGGGCAGCCCCCUGCUCCUGCUGGGGCCACGGAGCAGCCUGGCUCUGGAGGGCCACCUUCCUCAACAGAGGCAGAGCCACCCCUCAGCCCCUACCUCACCCCGGAUUUUGGGAAGGAAGACCCUUUUGAGAUACUGGAUGACGUCCCGCCGCCUCCCGCGCCCUUCGCGCACCGCAUCGUCACGCUGCGCUCCGCCAGCGUCAGCUCCCACUUCAACCUCAGCUCCAAGGACAUCCUGGGAGGGGGCAAGUUUGGUGAAGUCCACACGUGCACAGAGAAGCAGACGGGGCUCAAGCUGGCAGCCAAAGUGAUCCGGAAGCAGGGUGCCAAGGACAAGGAGAUGGUGCUGCUGGAGAUCGACGUGAUGAACCAGCUCAACCACCGCAACCUCAUCCAGCUCUACGACGCCAUCGAGACGCCCCGGGAGAUCGUCCUCUUCAUGGAGUUCGUGGAGGGCGGAGAGCUCUUCGAGCGGAUCAUCGACGACGACUAUCACCUGACGGAGGUGGACUGCAUGGUGUUCGUGCGGCAGAUCUGCGAGGGCAUCCGCUUCAUGCACCACAUGAAUGUGCUGCACCUCGACCUCAAGCCCGAGAAUAUCCUCUGUGUCGCUGCCACCGGACACAUGGUGAAGAUCAUUGACUUUGGGCUGGCUAGAAGGUACAACCCCCAAGAGAAGCUGAAAGUGAACUUUGGAACCCCUGAAUUCCUCUCCCCUGAGGUGGUCAACUACGAGCAGGUCUCCUACUCCACGGACAUGUGGAGCAUGGGCGUCAUCACCUACAUGCUGCUCAGCGGCCUCUCCCCCUUCUUGGGUGACAAUGACACUGAGACUCUCAACAACGUCCUGGCUGCCAACUGGUACUUUGAUGAGGAGACCUUCGAGAGCGUGUCUGACGAGGCCAAGGAUUUUGUCUCGAAUCUCAUCAUCAAGGAGAAGAGUGCCCGGAUGAGCGCUGGCCAGUGCCUGAAGCAUCCCUGGCUCAACAACCUGGCAGAAAAGGCCAAACGCUGCAACCGCCGGCUCAAGUCCCAAGUGCUGCUCAAGAAAUACGUCAUGCGGCGGCGCUGGAAGAAAAACUUCAUCGGGGUGUGUGCUGCCAACCGCUUCAAGAAGAUCACGAGCUCGGGGUCACUGACGGCGCUGGGUGUCUGA